AUGGAUCUGCCGUUCCAGCACAGUGAGGCGAAGGGCUUCGUCUCCAGUGCCGAGCUGAGCAUGAAGCAAACAGCAGCACCCGGACCCGAGAGCCGAUCCCGGUUCCAGAAAGUCUCACUGGUGUCACGACGGCUGGAGCACAUGGCAGGAGGGGGGGCCCGGGAUGGCAGCCCCUCCCGCGUCUCCCUGCUGCUGCAGGCCUGGGAGAGGGAGAUCGUGGAGAAGACGGCGUCGGGGCCGAGCGCGGUGACGCAGCGCAGCUGUUCGUCCUCUGUCAGCAUCCUGAAGGACUUUGCAGCGCACGGCCCCAUUUUCUCACAGGUCUUCUCGCCACGGCGGCGGGAGGAGAAGCGGGAGGAUGACACAGUGCCUGCGCCCAGAGAUGUCCCUGUGCACCGUGAGAGCUACAUGCACGGCGUGCUGCUCCCCACUGCGCCCCGCUGCCAGCGCUCAACACAUGACCCCAAGCCCAGGGCCAGGCAUGUCACUGUGCUGCGGGAGGGCAGGGAGGCGGAGGAGGGCAGGAAAACCCAAAAUGGAGGGUGCAAAGCCACCACUGUGCCCCCAUCGCAUCAGAGAGGCUGUAAGCCGGAUUGUGGUGGCAUCACCAAGAUCACAGCACGUGGCAAAAGCUCACUGAACACCCUGGAUACCAGGGAAUCCUCCAGGGAGAAAUGUCCAAAGCCAAAUGAAUCCAUGUUCGAUGCAAUGCCAAGAGGCAGAGACAAACCCCAGGACCUGCGAACCAGUACAACCAGUGCCCAGUGUCCUCUGACAGAUCAGUCUGGAGCCAGAGAAGGAGGUGCAGUGCAUAGGGAUGGCUCUAUUUCAGCCAUACAGCCCAGGACAGAGAGCUCUGAGGAAACUGGUGGCACCUCCAAAAACAUCUCCAAGGAAGCAAGCAAUGGACCUGAGCUGUUACAUGGAGCACGAGCAUCUCCAAAAGACACAGAAGUUGAAAUGAAGGAGGGUGAGAUGGUGAAGAAUCAUGAGGGUGUGGCCCAGGAUACCCAGAGCAUCCCUGAGCCUCCUAUGGAGAGCACUGCAGAGCCCCAACCUGAGAACACUGCAAAGCCCCAGCCUGAGAGUGUCCCAAAGCCUCAACCUGAGAGCAUCCCAAAACCCCAACCUGAUAGUAGUGCCCCAAAACUUCAAUCUGAGGGUGUCCCAAAACCUCAACCUGAGAGUGUCCCCAAACCCCAAUCUGACAGCACCCUGAAAUCUCAACCUGAGAGUUCCCCAAAACUUCAAUCUGAGGGUGACCCAAAACCCCAACUUGAGAGCACCCCAAAACCUCAACCUGAGAGUGUCCCCAAACCUCAAUCUAAGAGCAUCUCAAAGCCCCAAAGUGAGAGCAUCCCGGAGCCCUCCCAUGAGUCCCCAGCUCCACCAUCAGAGAGUCCCCCAGAUGCAUCUGAGGAGGAUCCUGAGCUGGUGGUGGACAUGGAAAUCUUCGUGGACACGCUGCGCAACAUGGAGCCCUCAGAGAUACGGAAGGCACCCAAGGUUCCGCGCCAGCCCCGGCCCUCAGCACUGGGUCGCUGCACAGCACUGCCACCCAUCCAUGAGGACUGCGUGGCCCCACGCACCCACAUCUCACUGCCUGUUGCCCUGCAGGAGCUGCUGGCAUGGGGAGGGGGGGGACAACGAGCUGAGACCCCCCCAGAGGGCACUGAGAGCCACGAUGAGGAGGAGGAGAUUGAGAACCCCUACCUGAGCCCUGGGGAGAAGGCACUGAGGAAGGCUCAGAAUGGCAAUGGGGAACUGGGUUCGCUCCUGGGGGGGCCGAUGCAGGGCAGGGCCACGGGUGAGCGCAGUAUUCUGUUCCGAGGGAAUGUCCUCAAAGGGAUGGCACUGCUCUCUGACUUCCUGGAGCACCGUGCAGCUGCAGCAGAUGAGGCCAAGCCCUACUCACGCCUGGACAACAGCAUGCUUUACAGCCGCUUCGUGUCCUCCGCCAGCACCCACAAUGGGGUCUCCAAUGGUAUAGGUGCUGGUGACCAGCCCAGCACUGAGCUGGAAGCACUGAGUCAUGACCACAACUCUUCUGUUCCUGAAGAGCCAGAGAGUGCCGGAGCCCCAUACCCCACUGACAUCCCGCAGGAUGACAAGGAGGGCUCUGUGAAGAUAAACGCCAGACCCGGAAAGAUCAUCCUCUUCUCUGAGGCCGGCUUUGCAGGGCACAGACGGGAGAUCUGGGGUGAUGUCCCCGACGCUACAUCUUGGGAGCUGUCACACAAAAUCUCCAUCAGGGUCAUCCGUGGAGGGUGGGUGAUGUAUGAAAAACCACGGUUCCAUGGGCGCAAGUGUGUGCUGGCAGAGGGGGAUGUGGAGAUUGACAACCCCUGGAUAGUGUAUGGGCAGAGUGAUGAAUCACAUGGCAGUCGGCCCUUCCGCAUCGGCUCCUUCAAGAGGGUGGUGAAGGAUUACUGCACGCCUGAGAUCAGCCUGUUUGCUGAGGAAAACGGAGAAGGCGCCAGACUGCAGUUCAGCGACUCGGCCGAGGAUACCCGUGUGCAGGGGCAGCCACUCACUGCUUCCUCCAUCAUUGUGCACUCGGGACUGUGGCUGGUUUACUCCAAGCCUUUCUUCGAUGAUGACCCCUAUGUCCUGGAGCCAGGCAGGUACCCCAACCUGAAGGCCUGGGGAGCGAAGGAUCCAUCCAUCUGCUCCAUGCAUCCCAUCAGGCUGGGCUGCCCAGUGGUGGAGCGUCCUGGCGAGCCGCAGGUGCUGAUCUAUGAGGACAGGGGCUUCCAGGGACACAGCUUCAUCAUCAGGCGGGAUGUCUACGACCUGAAGCGCCUGCCCGAACUGCCGCUGCCCACCGUGGGCUCAAUGCGUGUCCUGGGUGGCUGCUGGGUCGGCUAUGAGAAGGAGGGCUUCCGUGGCCACCAGUACCUGUUGGAAGAAGGAGAGUACCAGGACUGGCGGCAGUGGGGUGGCUACGGCAAGGAGCUGAUGUCCUUACGGCUCAUACGGACGGAUUUCUCUGACCCAGCACUGGUGCUCUUCGAGGCCAUGGACUUUGAAGAGGGUCCCAGCGUGGAGCUGAGUGAGGCACUGCCCGAUACACAGCUGGCUGGCUAUGGCACCGUCACACAGUCCAUCCAUGUGCUGAGUGGUGUGUGGGUGGCCUACGAGGGCCCCAACUUUUCGGGAGAGCAAUACAUCCUAGAGAAGGGAGUGUAUCGCAACUUUGAGGACUGGGGAGCCACCAACUGCCGCAUUGCCUCGGCACAGCCCAUCCUGCAGGUUAGGGAACACAACCUGCACUUCGUCUCCAAGAUCCUGCUCUUCUCAGAGCCUGACUUCCUGGGGGAGCACCUUGCCUUUGAGGACGAGCAGAGUGCCCUGCCUGACAGCUUUGUGCCCCGCUCCUGCAGGGUUCGUGGUGGCAGCUGGAUCCUGUUUGACAGCCAGGCCUUCACUGGGCAGCAGCAUGUGCUGUCUGAGGGUGAGUACCCCACGUUGGGUGCCAUGGGCUGCCUCUCCUCCACCACCAUCCGCUCCUUGAAGAAGGUCCCAGUGUUCUUCUCAGAGCCCUCCAUCUUCCUGCAUGGCCUGGAGUGUUUCGAGGGGAAGGAGAUCGAGUUAAACAGUGAAGUGCGGAGUCUCCAGGCAGAGGGUUUCAACAACCACGUGCUGUCAGUGCGUGUCAAAGGCGGCAUCUGGGUGCUGUGUGAGCACGGUGACUUCCGAGGCCGCCAGUGGCUGCUGGAGUGCACUGAGAUCACCAACUGGCUGACCUACAGUGGGCUGCAGCACGUCGGGUCCCUCUACCCCAUCCGCCAGAGACGGAUCUAUUUCCGCAUCAGGAGCAAGGAGCUGCAGCUCUACCUGUCUGUCCCUGAUGAUGUGGAGGACAUGAAAGCAGGGCGCGUGGUGGUCUCCAGCCUGAGCGAGCAGAGCAGCUCUGUCUGGUACUACGAGGAUGGGCUGCUGAAAAACCAGGUUGCCCCUGCCAUGAGCCUGCAGGUCAUUGGGCCAGCUGGGAAGGGAGCAAAGGCCGUGCUGUGGUCCGAAACCCGGAUGCCACGUCAGACCUGGAGCAUCAAUUCUCAGGGACGGAUUCACAGCCAGAUGUUUGAGGAUAUGAUUCUCGAUGUAAAAGGCGGCCGAUCAUACGACCGGGACCAUGCCAUCAUUUGGGAGGUAGCUGAAGAACGCCCCACACAGAUCUGGGAGAUACAGGUGCUAUGA